GAACAAAUGAAAUACGGCAACGUCACGCACAGCGGAUUCACAAAGUGUUGAAGAGUGAUUAUACAUUCGGCGUUACAAAUAAUUAUUAUAGAUACGAAUUAUAAGCUAAAUUAGUGAUUAAAAUGGCAGAUAAUAAGAGCCCCGAUGAUCUUUCCACCGCGAUCUUGCGCCGUAAAGACAGACCAAAUCGCCUGAUCGUCGAGGAAGCUGUAAGCGAUGACAACUCCGUGGUUGCUUUAUCACAGGCUAAAAUGGAACAACUACAGUUAUUCCGUGGAGACACCGUACUACUGAAGGGCAAACGCCGCAAAGAAACUGUCUGCAUUGUACUCUCAGAUGACAAUUGUCCUGAUGAAAAGAUCCGCAUGAACCGUGUUGUUAGGAACAAUCUCCGUGUACGGCUCUCUGAUGUAGUUUCCAUUGCUCCUUGCCCCUCAGUUAAAUACGGCAAACGAGUUCAUAUAUUACCAAUUGAUGAUUCAGUUGAAGGUUUGACUGGAAACUUAUUCGAAGUGUACCUGAAGCCGUACUUCAUGGAAGCAUACCGGCCCAUUCAUCGUGAUGACACCUUUAUGGUUCGAGGUGGCAUGCGUGCUGUUGAGUUCAAAGUAGUAGAGACAGAUCCCGCUCCAUACUGUAUUGUAGCACCAGAUACAGUUAUUCACUGUGAGGGAGAACCAAUUAAGAGAGAAGAAGAAGAAGAGGCCUUAAAUGCAGUGGGCUAUGAUGAUAUUGGCGGUUGUCGUAAGCAACUAGCUCAGAUCAAAGAGAUGGUGGAGUUGCCUCUGCGGCAUCCAUCACUUUUCAAGGCCAUCGGUGUGAAGCCUCCGCGUGGUAUUCUUAUGUAUGGACCUCCAGGAACUGGAAAAACACUUAUUGCUCGUGCUGUUGCCAAUGAGACAGGUGCAUUCUUCUUCCUGAUCAACGGUCCAGAGAUCAUGUCUAAAUUGGCUGGAGAAUCUGAGUCGAACCUGCGUAAGGCUUUCGAAGAAGCAGACAAAAAUUCUCCGGCCAUCAUCUUCAUCGACGAGCUGGACGCCAUCGCUCCGAAACGUGAGAAGACGCACGGCGAGGUCGAGCGCCGUAUCGUGUCCCAGCUGCUCACUCUUAUGGACGGUAUGAAGAAGUCGUCCCACGUGAUAGUAAUGGCAGCUACUAAUCGGCCGAACUCUAUCGACCCCGCUCUCCGUCGGUUCGGACGUUUUGACCGCGAGAUUGACAUCGGCAUCCCGGACGCCACCGGACGUCUCGAGAUACUGCGCAUACACACUAAGAAUAUGAAGCUAGGAGAUGAUGUCGAUCUAGAACAGAUCGCAGCCGAGUCUCACGGUCACGUGGGCGCGGAUCUCGCGUCGCUGUGCUCGGAGGCGGCUCUCCAACAGAUUAGAGAGAAGAUGGACCUCAUUGACCUCGAGGAUGAUCAGAUCGAUGCAGAGGUGCUCAACUCGCUUGCCGUCUCCAUGGACAACUUCCGUUAUGCGAUGACAAAGUCGUCGCCGUCGGCGCUCCGCGAGACUGUCGUGGAGGUGCCCAACGUAACGUGGACGGACAUCGGAGGCUUGCAGAACGUGAAGCGGGAGCUUCAAGAGCUGGUGCAGUACCCAGUGGAACAUCCCGACAAGUUCCUCAAGUUCGGCAUGCAACCAUCACGUGGUGUGCUCUUCUAUGGACCACCGGGUUGUGGUAAGACACUGUUGGCUAAGGCAAUCGCUAAUGAAUGUCAGGCUAACUUCAUCUCAGUGAAGGGACCAGAGUUACUUACUAUGUGGUUUGGUGAAUCUGAGGCUAACGUCCGGGAUAUCUUCGAUAAGGCUCGCUCGGCGUCUCCCUGCGUGCUGUUCUUCGACGAGUUGGACUCCAUCGCGAAGUCCCGCGGCGGGUCGGUGUCGGACGCCGGCGGCGCCGCCGACCGCGUCAUCAACCAGAUCCUCACCGAGAUGGACGGCAUGGGCGCCAAGAAGAACGUCUUCAUUAUUGGUGCCACAAAUCGUCCGGAUAUCAUUGACCCAGCAAUUCUGCGACCCGGCCGUUUGGACCAGCUCAUCUACAUCCCACUUCCAGAUGAGAAAUCUCGUGAGGCUAUCCUCCGCGCCAACCUUCGCAAGUCACCUAUCGCUAAGGACGUCGAUUUGUCGUACAUUGCAAAGGUCACACAAGGGUUCAGUGGUGCCGACUUGACAGAGAUCUGCCAGCGCGCCUGCAAGCUCGCCAUCCGACAGGCCAUCGAGGCCGAGAUACACCGCGAGCGGGCGCGCCAGCAGCAGCAGGCCGCCGCCGUCAUGGAUAUGGACGAGGAAGACCCCGUGCCGGAGAUCAGCCGCGCUCACUUCGAGGAGGCGAUGAAGUUCGCGCGCCGCUCCGUGUCCGACAACGACAUCCGCAAGUACGAGAUGUUCGCGCAGACGCUGCAGCAGUCGCGCGGGUUCGGCACCAACUUCAGGUUCCCCACGAGCGGCGCGGCGGCGGGCGGCACGGGCACGUCGGGCGGAGACCAGCCCACCUUCCAGGAGGAGGGCGGCGACGACGACCUCUACAGCUAAGCGCGCGGGCGCCGCCAGCAGACGUCACUUCAUAAGAGUAUCACUUCCCGACGGCUCGACCGGUCCGACCGCCGUCGAUUCUGAAUGAAUAUGUAAAUGUAUUUAUUUCGUGAUCCGCUCGUUAGUUUCGUUCGCUUAUGUUUAGUCUUACAGUUCGAAUGCACCCGCUCGGUCGGGCCCGUUUGAUCCUAUGGUAUAUUGUAACUGGCAGAUCGUUUGCGUUGGCGUCGUCGGCGCGUGUCGACAUUACACGAUAUCGCA